AAAAACUAUAAUAUAUUUAUUUAGAAAUUUUCUCGGAAAAUUUUCUCAAAUAUUUUUCUUACUCUUUCCCUCUAAUUUUUUUUCGGUAUAAUUAGAAUUUUUAAAAUUAACAAUCGCUUUAUAGUAAAUUGAGUGAUUCUCCAUCACCAUGGAUGAAUUCUGGAUUAGUCCUUAUUUGAAAAACACUUAUCCUAUAUUCGGGUCCGGAGAAGAGCUUACUACGGAAAAAGAUAUGAAUAUAAAUAAGAGUAAACCUAAAGACCCUAUAUCUAAGUCCGGAGAAGAGCAUAUUGCGGAAAAAGAUAUGAUUAUAAAGAAGAGGAAACCUGAAGGUUUCAUCAAAAAAUUUUCCUUCUUAGCUAAAAUAUUAUUACCAAAAGAAGAAGAAAUUGUGUUGAACAAUGAAAAUUUAUAAUUUAUACAUCUUGAUAUUACAAUAUAUUAAUUAUUAUAUUCUUAAAUUUUAA